ACUGUAAAACAAUUAAUGACGCAUCACGCAUCUGUAGAAAGAAUGUGCAAUGGCUAUAAAUUGAGACCAAAAUGCGCCAUUAAGCAGAAUCAAGUGCUAGUGACCAAGUUUGAUACAAACACAAUUCCCUCUCCUUCAUCGAUCCUUGGUUUUGAGAUCAUGAAGCUGUUUGGUAUUGCAAUACUACUCUCAAGCCUCUUGGUCCAAGAAGCAAGCUUAGUUGUUGGGGACGUUGGCACAGCUAAUUCCUAUGGACCCCCCUAUCUACCGACUGCUUGUGAUGGGAGCAAGAGAGAGCAGUUUCCGCCGGGAAAUCUGUUCGUGGCGGUAAGCGAAGGGCUGUGGGAUAACGGAGCAGCCUGUGGAAGAAGAUACAGAAUAAGGUGUGUGAGUGGAAACAAUAGGCCUUGCAAAUCGGACAGUGUUGACGUCAAAGUGGUUGACCUGUGCAAGAAAUCGCCAUGUCCUAACACAAUUCUCUUAUCAAAAAGUGCCUUCGCUACCAUCUCCCGCUUCCAUCAUGCUGAUAUCAACAUUGAAUAUGUCGAGAUAUAAUACAGAAUCUCAUAUUCGGCUCAAGGAAUAAGGCAGCUUUUAAGUCAGAAUACUGCUAGCAGAAUGUGUGGAUUUCUAUCGUGUUAACUUAAUUAGACAUGAAUAUGAUGCUAGUUUGUAAUACACUAGAAUGUUCAGCAUAAAUUUAACAGAAAUUAUGCUUACUGGUACUUACGAUUUGAAACAUUUACAUAAGAAUAAUUUCAGCACCAAGAACCAACAUUGUGUGACUGAUUGACACAAUGGUGCAAGGGCAUUUUUCUAUGGCAUUCCCGCUGAGAAGCGUUCUCAAUAAGCUAACAAGUGAUCAGAAUA